AUGACCACUGCACUGACCCGAUCCGCACGACUGCUGCUUGUGGGCGCUCCCGGCGCUGGCAAGGGCACACUCACUGACCGUCUGCUCACCAACUUCUCUGGUUUGGAAGCAAUCUCUACCGGUGAUUUGCUGCGACGAGAGAUCAAGAACGAGAGCAAGAUUGGCGUUGCUGCUCGAUCCAUCAUUAAGGCCGGAGGGCUGGUCCCCGACAACACAAUCAGCCAGCUGCUGCAGACCGAGCUGGAGACCAAGGGCUGGCUCAAUGCUGACAGCUCAUGGAUCCUCGACGGCUUCCCUCGGAACCGAGCCCAGGCCGAGGUGCUGGACGAGAUGCUGCUGCCCCACAAGGCCAACCUGUCCCAUGUCGUGCAGCUGGACGUGCCCGAGGAAGUGAUUCUGGACCGAAUCGAGAACCGAUGGGUGCAUCUUGCCUCUGGCCGAAUCUACAACCUCACCUUCAACCCUCCCAAGGUGGCUGGCAAGGACGACGUGACUGGAGAACCCCUGUCUAAGCGAGAGGACGACAAGCCCGAGGUGUUCAAGAAGCGACUUGUGGCAUACAAACAAGAGACUGAGCCAUUGUUCGAGUUCUACGAGAAGCGAGGCGUCCUGGUGACUCUCAAGGGAGAGACCUCCAACAUUAUUUGGCCCAAGCUCGAGCAGCUCAUCAAGACUGAGUACUGUUAA